GACAACCUUCGAAUCCUCCUUCGGACAUAUCCAACUAUCUCUCACGCUCGCUCUCCCAAGACCUUCUAUCCGCCCCUUAAUACUAUCAAUAUGGCGGACUCCCUUACUGAAGAGCAGGUCUCUGAGUUCAAGGAGGCCUUCUCCCUCUUUGACAAGGACGGUGAUGGCCAAAUCACCACCAAGGAGCUCGGUACCGUCAUGCGCUCGUUGGGCCAGAACCCCUCCGAGUCUGAGCUUCAAGACAUGAUCAACGAGGUCGACGCCGACAACAACGGCACCAUCGACUUCCCUGAGUUCCUUACCAUGAUGGCCAGAAAGAUGAAGGAUACCGACUCCGAGGAGGAGAUCCGUGAGGCCUUCAAGGUGUUCGAUCGCGACAACAACGGCUUCAUCUCCGCUGCCGAGCUCCGUCACGUCAUGACCUCCAUCGGCGAGAAGCUUACCGAUGACGAGGUUGAUGAGAUGAUCCGCGAGGCCGACCAGGACGGCGACGGGCGUAUCGAUUAUAACGAGUUCGUUCAGCUCAUGAUGCAGAAGUAAACGGCUUUCUCCUAUAUCCGACUCUUCACGAAGACAGGUUUUAGCGUUCUCUUUGAAUACCACUAUUAGUUGACAUGCUUGCAAGGAUCGCCUGUGUUCUCGUUGUCGUGCAUUAUGCUUGGGUUUUACCUCUCCACCUGCCUCAAACUGCCGAGCUCGGGAAGCAAUGGGGUAAAGUUGUCAGAGAUGGACGCUAGCAACUGAAGCUGCUCUCCGUUUGACUUUGAGUCUGUGGC